AUGAUAUCAAAUGAGGGUCCUGGUUUUGGUCCAAUCUCAUUUUACGGUGAUUUAAAACUAGAAUUUAUCGAUGGUGUGCUUAUUAAUAUUGCCUCCCUGUUUGCAUUGGUGUUUGGUUCCCAGCAGGUGUAUAAGUUCUUGACAACGCCACACCCAAGACUGAAGUACAGGCGAGAUUGGUUACUUGUAAGUCGAAUUCUGUCAGUGGUACUGUUUUUCCUAUUCACUGUUGUGGCAGGCUUUAGUAGCGGCUAUGCUGGUAAUUUUCAUUGGAUGGCGCGCUUACAGUACUUUAUGACAGGAUGCGCUGUGUUGGUUCUUUUUGCUUUACAUUGGGUUUCAUUCCUGUGGUCACGUAUCUCGAAUGGAGUGCUGUUGUUCUUUUGGUUACUGGAAACCACCUUUCUUAGUAUGAAGGUAGUCAAUUUUAUAAUCCGGCAUACCUAUGAAGGGUACUGGCCGAUGGGCAAAAUUACAUUUGUUCUUACUUUAUUCCAGUUAGUUGCAUCUACUUCAGUACUCGCAUUGGAGGCUAUACCUCGGAAACGUCUAUUGCCAUAUCAAGAGAUAAUUGAAUACCAAAAUAAGCGCAAAAGUAGUCCUGUAAAUGAUGCCAAUAUUUUUGAGCGUAUCUCGUUCAGUUGGAUGACUGGCCUUAUGAGGAUUGGAUAUGAGAAAUAUUUGACUGAGAAUGAUUUAUACAGGUUGCCAGAGGAGUACCGUUCGAAAGAGACUUCAGAUAGAUUUACUAAAAAUUGGCAAGCAGAAAUGAACCGAAAGACGAAUCCUUCACUUGCUUGGGCUCUUAUACGGACUUUCGGUGGGCAAAUGGUUAUUGGUGGUAUAUAUAAGGCGAUUCAUGAUGUUGCCGCCUUUACGCAACCUCAAUUGUUAAGAAUUAUUGUUAGGUUUGUCACUGAUUAUUCUACUGCUAAAGGAGAAGCAGUCGAGCAGUAUCCACUUAGUCGUGGUUUUAUGAUCGCCCUUGCUAUGUUUACUGUGAGUGUUGUUCAGACAUGUGUCCUACACCAAUAUUUUUCGGCGUCUUUUACCACAGGUAUGAAUAUCAAGGGUGCGCUAACCACAGUUAUUUACCAAAAGGCGCUAGUCUUAUCCAAUGAGUCAUCUAAAACUUCUAAGACAGGUGACAUAGUCAACUUAAUGAGUGUUGAUGUACAGAGGUUACAAGACCUAACGCAAUGGGGACAGCUGCUAUGGUCUGGACCUUUUCAAAUAGGCUUGUGUUUGGUUUCCCUUUACAAAUUAUUGGGGAACAGUAUGUGGGUGGGGGUUCUAGUGAUGCUCAUUAUGAUUCCACUCAAUUCCAUAAUCUUUAGGUAUCAGAAAAAGUUACAGAAGGCCCAAAUGAAGAACAAGGAUGAAAGAACUCGUAUAGUGAGUGAAAUCUUAAACAAUAUUAAAUCAUUAAAACUCUAUGCGUGGGAAAUUCCGUAUAAACAAAGGUUAGAUUAUGUUAGAAACGAAAAGGAGUUGAAGAACUUGAGAAAAAUGGGUAUUACUAGCGCAUUUGCUAGUUUUCAGUACAAAAUUGUUCCUUUCUUAGUUUCUUGUUCAACUUUUGCUGUUUUCGUUUUUACCCAAAAAAAUAGAGGCUUGACCACUGACUUGGUUUUUCCAGCAUUGUCAUUAUUCAUGCUGUUAAACUUUCCAUUGGCCGUGCUACCGAUGGCAAUCACGUCUUUUGUAGAAGCUUCUGUGUCUGUCGGUAGAUUGCAUGCUUUCUUGACUUCUGAGGAGAUACAACGUGAUUCAGUUCAAAGAAGUGCAGAGGCAGACAAGUUUGGAGAUUUAGCGGUCAGUCUUUCUGAUGAAGCUACUUUCUUAUGGCAACGUAAACCAGAAUAUAAGGUAGCGCUUAAAAAUAUCAAUCUCCAUUUACGGAAAGGUGAAUUAUGCUGCGUUGUUGGCAAGGUUGGUAGUGGUAAAAGUGCUUUAAUGCAGGCUAUGUUAGGUGACUUGUUUAGGGUUAAAGGUUCUGUUGUCGUAAACGGCAGUGUCGCAUAUAUUUCUCAAGUGGCAUGGAUUAUGAAUGGUACUGUAAAGGAAAACAUUUUGUUCGGUCAUAAAUACGAUCAUGAAUUCUAUGAAAGAACCAUUAGAGCCUGUGCUUUAAGUACAGAUUUGGGCACUUUACCAGAUGGUGACCAAACACUUGUCGGCGAGAAGGGUAUAUCUUUAUCUGGUGGUCAAAGAGCACGUUUGUCGCUUGCUAGAGCAGUAUAUGCUAGAGCGGACGUUUAUUUAUUAGAUGAUCCGUUAGCUGCAGUUGAUGAACAUGUUUCGAAGCAUUUAGUUACUCAUGUGUUAGGACCAGAUGGGCUAUUGAAGAAUAAAACAAGAGUGUUGACAACCAAUAAAAUUGCUGUCUUGACCGUUUCGGAUUCCAUUACUCUUUUAGAUAACGGAGAAAUUGUUCAACAAGGCUCUUUUGACCAGAUUAAUAAUAGCGAAAUAGAUUCACCUUUAUACAAGUUGAUAUCUGAAUAUGGUAAGAAGAAAGAAGUGGAAGAAAUUCCUGAAACAGAGCCUGAUAUUACUGUUACCACUCAUCCAAAUUUAUCUCCUGAGGAAGAAAUGGACGCAGAAGAUUUGAAUAGCAAGAACCUCAGUGCUAGUAGUGAUACUGUUAGUCUCAGAAGGGCUAGUUUUGCGACUUUUAAAAGUAUGAACUUCAGUGAUAGUGAUGGUAAAAAGGAUCAAAAAGAACACCGUGAAGAGGGUAAGGUCAAGUGGGAUAUUUACUUGGAAUAUGCGAAAGCAUGUAACCCAAAGCACGUUGUCAUCUUGAUUGGUUUCGUUAUAUUAUCUAUGUUAUUAUCAGUGUUGAGUAAUGUUUGGUUAAAACAUUGGUCAGAGGUAAACACUGAGCAUGGAUUUAACCCAAACCCUGUUAGAUAUCUGGCUGUGUACUUUUCUUUCGGUUUUAGUUCGGCUCUUUCCACCUUGGCACAAAAUAUAAUACUAUGGGUUUACUGCUCAAUUCAUGGGUCGCGGUACUUGCAUAAUGCAAUGGCAACUGCUAUUUUGGCAGUCCCAAUGUCAUUUUUUGAAAUUACACCCAUUGGUAGGAUAUUGAACAGGUUCUCUAAUGAUAUUUAUAAGGUUGAUGAAUUAUUGGGAAGAACUUUCUCACAGUUUUUUGUAAACGUUACCAAUGUGUUGUUCACCUUGCUUAUUAUUUGCUUCACAAGUUGGCAAAUGACUUUUGUGAUUAUGCCAUUGGGUAUUGUUUAUUUCUACUACCAGCAAUACUUUUUAAGAACAUCUAGGGAGUUGCGGCGUCUCGAUUCUCUGACCAGGUCACCUAUUUAUGCGCACUUCCAAGAAACUCUCAAUGGUGUCAGCACCGUUAGAGCUUACGCUCAGCAAGACCGUUUCGUACACCUCAAUCAGUCAUUUGUUGAUAAGAAUUUGAGCGCUUACUAUCCUAGUAGUUUUGCAAAUCGUUGGUUGGCAUUCCGUCUCGAAUUUAUCAGUUCUGCAAUAAUCUUAGCUGCAGCUUCCUUGUCUAUGUUCAGAUUGAAGCAAGGAACCUUAACUGCGGGUAUGAUUGGUCUAUCAUUGGGGUAUGCCUUACAAAUUACUCAGUCGUUGAAUUGGAUUGUUAGGAUGAGUGUAGAAGUUGAAACUAAUAUUGUGGCGGUUGAAAGAAUAAAAGAGUAUGCUAUUUUACCCUCAGAAGCCCCUGCUAUUAUUCCAGACAGUAGACCGCCAAAGGAUUGGCCUACACAAGGUGAAAUUAAAUUCGAAAAUUAUUCUACACGUUACAGGCCAGAACUAGGGUUGGUAUUGAAGGAUAUCAAUCUACACAUACGGCCACGUGAAAAGAUUGGUAUUGUGGGUCGGACUGGUGCAGGGAAAUCAUCUUUGACGUUAGCCUUGUUUAGGAUUAUAGAGGCUGCUAAAGGUCGUAUAAUUAUUGAUGACUUGCCCAUAGACACCAUCGGGUUGGCUGAUUUAAGGCAUAGUCUAUCAAUUAUUCCUCAGGAUGCACAGCUCUUCGAGGGCACCAUUAGAGAUAAUAUUGACCCAACAAAUCAGUUCACGGAGGAGCAAAUCUGGGAAGCUUUGGAGCUUUCUCAUCUAAAAACACAUGUUGAAAAUAUGGGUCCAGGUGGUUUACAAUCGGCUCUAACUGAAGGCGGUGCAAACUUAAGUGUUGGUCAGAGACAGUUGAUGUGUCUUGCUCGUGCAAUUCUUGUCCCAUCUAAGAUUUUAGUCUUAGAUGAAGCUACGGCUGCUGUGGAUGCAGAGACUGACAAGCUCAUCCAGGAAACAAUAAGAAGCACAUUUAAAGACCGCACAAUAUUAACUAUUGCACACAGAGUCAAUACUAUUUUGGAUUCUGAUAGAAUUAUUGUCUUAGAUAACGGGCGUGUGGUGGAAUUUGAUACUCCGCAUGCAUUACUAAAAGCAAAGGAAUCGAUAUUCUAUUCCUUGUGUAAUGAAGCGGGUUUGACGUUAUAA